GUGAUCGCGGUUAGAGUCUCUGAUUUUUUGCUUCGAGUACACAACCUCGGCAACACUUUGAGCGCACCAGCCUCAUCUUUUCAGUCACGCAAAUUUAGUGAAACAUUACGAAUCAUCGCUUUGUGUGCUUUUUACGAUUAUCCUCGGAGUAGUGCACCCAGUGAAACAGAAAACAAACUCAUCGAGUGCUGCCUCCAAAAGAAUGGAAGAACGUGAUCGCAACCCGGACAAUGUAACUCGCGUCGCAUAGAACCGUCCUCGGAGCAGAAAUCCAGUUGACGAACUAGUCCAACUCACUCGAUCAUCAGCAUGGAAACGAUCGUUCAAUCGAGUCAAGAACAUCAUAACAUGACCGAAGAUUCCUCGGAUCGCAGUGACGAGAGUAGUACAAUGUCCCAAGAGUACAAGUCACGAGGCUUCGAGGAAUACGAUAUUGUUAAGAGACUCAAAGUCUCCGCCGGCGAACGUUUUUCAACGAGAAACGAAUUACACAGUAUUUCUAAAAGCAAAGACUUUCGCUUAUCUGUCGAAGGCAAAGCGGACUCGAACGAACAGUCCCAAAACAACGCGCAUCAACUCGAAGACGCUCAGAGGCACGAGCUCUCAUUGAAUCUCGGUAAAUCGAAAAAAUACGAUUUUCCGAACAUCCAUCUCGGAGACGUUCUAAAUUAUCACACAGAAAGAACUCUCGAUCUCGAAUCGAGAACGGAGUCCUCGCCCGUUUGCAGAUCUAAAGAUCCCACGAACAAGGAUGCCCUUUUCAACCUCCAGUCCGCUCAGGAUAAAUAUCUCGCGGCAAGCUUCGAACGCUCGCCCAAGGAAUUUAAUUAUCUCGUCGAGCGUGAAAUCAAGGAAUACGGUAUCGCGAAAGGUUACAAUUUCACUGUCGACCGAAUGAAGGAAUUCAACUUGCCUCAUGAACGAUCACGAGAGAACUUGACAAACUGCUUACCGAGCAGAGAGCGAUUGAACAACAUCGGGAUCCUCGAUUCCAACGAUCAUCGACACCUUCACGGACAAACACGAACCCCACAGGAUUUAGAGUGCAUCGUUUAUGAUCGACUGAGACGACCUCAACAUCAUUUCCUCAAUCGAAUGGACUUCGCUGGACAAAAUUUGACGACCGCCCUCCAUGUCCGGCAAACGAGUGGAACGCAGAUCCAACAAUCCCAGCAACAACAGCAACAAGAACAACAGAUCAAGUCUUUCACGAUCGACGCGAUACUCGCUCAUAGAAACAACCACAGGGAACGAUAUCAAAGGAAUCAACAACAGUUGAGGAAAACCACGAGAGCUGUACGUCAAGAAUGCCAAGAAGUAUCGGGGAAAAACGGUAAUUGUACGGGGAAAACAGCGGACGCGAACGUCAAUGAAGUAUCCGGUGUGGCGAAUAAUGGUAAAGCGAAGAGAGUAAGAACGAUAUUCACCGCGGAGCAAUUGGAGCGUCUCGAGGGUGAAUUUGCACGUCAACAAUACAUGGUCGGACCCGAGAGGCUGUAUUUGGCCCACGCUCUUCGUCUCACCGAAGCACAGGUCAAAGUUUGGUUUCAGAAUCGUCGUAUAAAAUGGCGAAAGGUCAAUCACGAGCAGCACUGUCAAGCAGUGAGUGAGCAUCGUCAGCGGUGCUCGUUGCCAGGAACGUUGGAGAUUCACGAGGACGAGAGCAACGAGACGAAUAACGUUAAUUGGUGCGUCAACAAUACGAUAGGAGCGAGCACAUCGAGCGAUGAUUCUUCCCUGAUCAACGCGUCCAGUCAACUCCAACGUGAUAUUCGCGAUUCUUCUAUCGCUAAAUCUUAAU